CUCACUGGUGCAGGUGCUCUGUCUCAGCGAGAGAGGAUGCGAAGGAGAGCAGGGGAGGGAUAAAGCGAAGGGCGCCGGUGAAAAAGUGUGCAGGGCAUGAUUUAAAGGAUAUCAACCGCAGCAGAUAGCGCCUUUAUCGACCCGGGGACUCAGCAAUGAAAGGUUUAUUGAAAGGGGCACUUUGAGAUAUGAUGAGGUUUCUUUCUGGUUGGCAAUAGUACUAUGAUUUGGUAUGUGGCCACUUUGAUAGCAAGUGUAUUCAGCACCCGAGGAACGGCAGCUCAAGGUGCCCACGGCGUGCGAGAGGAGCCCCAGUUUGUGACGGUGCGCGCUGGAGAGAAUGUCAUCCUGGGAUGCGAUGUGGCCUACCCGCUGAAUGGCCAGCCCUACGUGGUGGAGUGGUUCAAGUUUGGCGUGCCCAUCCCCUUCUUCAUUAACUUCCGCUUCUACCCGCCUCAUGUGGGCCCGGAGUAUGCCGGCAGAGCCAGUCUGCACGGCAAAUCUUCUCUGCGGAUUGAGAAGGUGCGUUCAGACGACCAGGGCUGGUAUGAGUGUAAGGUCCUGAUGCUGGAGCAGCAGUACCACACCUUUCACAACGGCAGCUGGGUGCACCUCACAGUCAACGCUCCCCCCAAAUUCACAGACACGCCACCGCAGUAUGUUGAGGCCAAGGAAGGCGGCAGCAUCACCCUGAGCUGUGUGGCGUCCGGCAACCCCAAACCUUCUGUCAGCUGGAUCCGGGAGGGCGAGCCUGUGGAGGACAGCGACAAGUACAAGGUGUCUGAUGGGAGUCUGGCGGUGCUGUCGGUCAGCCGCAAGGACAGAGGGGCGUACACCUGCCGAGCCUACAGCAUCCAGGGGGAGGUGGUUCACACCACACGCUUGCUUGUCCAAGGGCCACCGUUCAUUGUGUCCCCUCCCCAGAACCUGACGGUGAACAUAUCCCAAGACGCCAAGCUGGACUGCCUAGCUGAGGCCUACCCCGGCAACCUCACAUACACCUGGUUCUGGGAGGAUGACAACGUCUUCUUCAAGAAUGGCCUGAGGGACAGAGUGAGUAUUCUGGUGGACGGCUCACUCAUCAUCAGCGGUGUGAAGCCUGAAGAUGCUGGGAGAUUCACCUGUAGCCCCAGCAACAGCCUGGGCCAGCCCCCGUCCGCCUGGGCCCAGGUCACAGUGCAAUACCCUGCCCGUGUCAAAGACAUGCCACCUGCCAUCUAUGUGGCCAUUGGCCUGCCAGGCUUCAUCCGUUGCCCUGUAGACGCCAACCCGCCUGUCACGCUGGUCAAGUGGACAAAAGAUGGCAACCCCCUCCGGAUAGAGAAGUACCCUGGUUGGAGCCAAAUGGAGGACGGGAGCAUCCGCGUGGCCGAGGUGACGGAGGACUCUCUGGGCACCUACACCUGCAUGCCUUACAAUGCCCUGGGCUCUGAGGGAUGGUCCGCUCCCACUCCUCUGGUGCUAAAGGAUCCCCCUAAGUUCUCGAUUGUUCCCGGAGGGGAAUACAGGCAAGAGGCUGGGAGAGAGCUGGUCAUCCCCUGUGCGGCUGAGAGAGAAUUUCCCUAUCCCAAUAUCACAUGGCGGAAGGUAGGGAAGCCCAGUAAAAGCAAGCACAACGUCCUUCCCACCGGCAGCUUACAGUUCAAGUCCCUGGGCAAGGAAGACCACGGGGAGUGGGAGUGUGUCGCCACCAACGUUGCCACGAGCAUCACUGCCAGCACACACCUCCAAGUUUUUGGCACAAGCCCCCACGCCCCGGCCAACGUCCACGCAGCGGUCUCCACCACCUGGGUCAACAUGUCGUGGGAGGCAGGCUACGACGGUGGCUUCGAGCAGACAUUCUCAGUCUGGUAUGGCUAUGUGGUGAAGAGGGAACAGCUGGGCCCACACGACUGGUUGUCUAUGCCCGUGCCCGCUGGCCAGAUGUGGCUGGUAGUGCCCGGCCUGGAGCCCCAGACAGCCUACCAGUUCAGUGUCCUUGCGCAGAACAAGUUGGGCACGGGCCCCUUCAGCGAGGUCGUCACUGUGAACACACUGGUAUUUCCUAUAAGUACCCCUGAACCAUUGGUGCUGCUUACCCCACCGCGGUGCCUCACAGCCAAUCGGACGCAGCAGGGUGUCCUGCUCAUGUGGAUUCCGCCGGCCAACCACACUGCUCCGAUCGAGCGCUACGUCAUGGAGUUCCGCCUGGGAGAGAGGUGGGACAUCCUUGAUGACGCCAUCACCGCCGGAGAGACCGAGCUGUUAGCCAGAGACCUCAUUCAGGAGGCAUGGUAUGAGUUCCGGGUCAUGGCGGUCAUGGAGGAGCUGGUCAGCGAGCCCAGUAACACAGUUGGAGUAUCCAGUACAGACUUCUUCCCGCCCCCGGAGAUGGUAGAUGAGGGGGGACUGACGCGGCCGGUGGUGGCUGGCAUCGUGGCCACUGUCUGUUUUCUGGCGGCCGCCGUUCUCUUCAGCACACUGGCAGCCUGCUUCGUCAACAAACAGCGCCGACGCAAGCUCAAGAGGAGGAGAGACCCCCCUCUCUCGAUAACACACUGCAGAAAAAGCAUGGAAACUCCGACUCCUCUUAGCCCCUUGCCCGGCAUAGAGCCCUACUGCGAGGGGCAAGACGCCAGCAGCUACCGGCCCCCGCCCUCCAGCCCUCAGUCCUCCUCUGGUAAGGUGAGUCCGGAGAGUAUGCGUUCCAUGGAACCACCAUCGGAGGGUUCAGAGGACGGCCAUGGCAUGAGCAUGAAGAAAAUCCCUCAGAGUCCUGCGAAGAAGGAUGAACUCUCCCUGUACAAGAAAACCAAGCGAGCAAUAACAAGCAAAAAGUACAGUGUCUCCAAGUACGAAGCGGAGGCAACCACACCCAUCGAGCUGAUCAGCCGAGGCCCUGACGGACGCUUCGUCAUGGACCCCAGCGACAUGGAGAUGUCUAUCAAGCCCAGGCGAAUCGAGGGCUUCCCCUUUGUUGAAGAAUCGGACCUCUAUCCCGAAUUCCGCCAGUCGGACGAGGAGAACGACGAUCCCGGGCCCAUGCCCCCUGUUAUGGCAACCCUUCGACCUCACCAGAUCUCCCCAAUCUCCAGCCAGGAGUCUUACCUGCAACCACCGGCCUACAGCCCCCGCUUCCAGAGGCCCAUGGAAGGUAUGACCAUCAUGGAGAGCAGUCGGCUCCAGGCCACGGGGCAGAUCCGAGGCUCCCUGCACCACAGAGCCUUCUCCCAUGGCCACGGUCACUUCUACAGUUACCUUAGCAGCCCUGGGGAACCCGAGCCUCCACCCCCUUUCUACAUGCCUGACACCAGCCCUCUGAGCUCUGUCAUGUCAUCACCCCCUUACCACACCGAAGGGCCCUUUGGUCACCCCCGCAUCCCUGAGGAGAUGGGGGAAGGAGAUAUUCUACACUAUGGCGUCUCAAGCUUCCCUCUUCCCCUGACGCUCACCUCUUCCUCUCGCUCCCCGGAGAUCUGGCACAGACCCGAUUUCCCCUUUGCGAGUCUGGAAGGGCCCCACUUCAUUUUUCCACCCCACCACCCUUUGCAUCUCCACCGGGAACCCUUCUUUCCUCCUCCCCAUGUUCUUCCCCCUGCUUUCCAGCCCUCCUCCCUCCAGGUGCCCUCAUACCCUGGUGUCCUGCAGCUUGAGGCCCCAAAGAGCCGUCCAGGCAAGUCUCCCAGCACGUUCAAGCCUCGGGGCCUUCCAGCCAAGCGUUUAGCUAUGCAAGAGGCGCAGAGUCUAGGGCAGCUAAGACACACAAGCCACGGUAUGGGUGUGCCAGUUUUGCCUUACCUCGACCCAGCAGCCCACAUGGGUGGCCCUAGCACAUUCAGUAGCUUGGACACCCGGUGGUUCGAGCCCACCCCCCGGCUCAGUCCCAGGCAGGUUCGUAGGAUGGAGCCUAGCAUCAUGGUUCUCCAACCUUCCCGCCUCUCGCCCCUCACCCAGAAUCCCCUUAGUUCCCACGAGGGCUCCCCAGAGAUUGUAGUGCGACCCCGUCCCCGUCCCAGCAUUGUCCAGCCCUCCAUACCUCCAGAGAUGUCUGAGAUUACCCUGCUUCCCCCCUCUUCAGCCAGCUUCUCCUGGAGGUCCUCUCCCUCGUCCUCUCCCGCCCAUGGCCAAGGUAGCAGAAGGGCAAGUCCCAGCUACCGCUCCCACAUGGCCUUUGCCACCUCCGCCACAAGCUACCCAUCCCAGUCCCCAUCACCCCCUGUGGAAAGCAGCAACAUGUUUGGGCAGAUGCCAUCCCAGAGGAGAACUGAGGAGGAGGUCCUUCCGUGUGAGCCCUCUCCACCCCAGUUGUCAGCUUCAGGAAGUCGUCGAGGUGCGCCGAGUGCCCCUGCGGGGUCUGAGAGGUUUGAUGCACUGAGAUACCAACGUAUUAAAAAGGCCAAGAAGACGAUGGUGGUCAACAACAACAACUCCAAGUCCAGAAGAAGAACAGGUGUCUCCACCUCUCAGACCCAGCAGGACUACACCUCUCAGGUACUCCAGCCCGAAGAAGUUCUCUACCUCCGCAAGAAGAAGAAACGGCCCAUCAGACAGGACCCGUAUGCCCGCUUCUCCGCUCUGCUGUUCCGCCGCCCGCCCCAGGAGGACCAGAAGGCCAUUUUGGCCAGCAUGGACAACAUGGACCCAGACCAUGUCACUUUCCUUUGAGCCUGUGGGGGAGUCAGGUUACACUCUUCCCCAACAUGCUACAAAACCCCACCUGGAAAAUGACCCCUCAGUCUAAAAGUUUGCUCAUUCCCCAGCAUCAAUCAAUGGUUUACAUUUUUUUUUAAAGAAAUUAAAACGGUAAAAUGGUGGCUACCCAAUGUCUUCAAAAGUUUUACUCCAGUGCAAAACAUUUCAUUUGAGGAAAGCAAUAUUGUGUGCUUCAACAUUUAUUAUUUUCAAACACAUUUUCUAACCAUUUAGAAAAGGACCCAUCUGUCUGAGGUUUUCAUUUUCUAUCUCAUCUUUAUACUACAGUAUUACUUUGUUGUUUGCAGAAGAGGCUUAGCUCAUGGCCUCAGUGUCAAAACAGCCCAUGAAGCCUAGUUAGGUCUCAGUUUACAGCACCUUGCUCACCCUAGUCUCCUCACCUGCCUCACUCUGCCAGCCCUCUAUCACUUCCCAGAGACUCAUCCCAUCCACACAAGGUUCUCAAUUACGUCCUACAAAAUAUACCUCAGAGCACAGGACAUGGCACCACAAUGACAAGGCUCAGCUAGCUGAACACAACUGUACUGGCGUAUGUUUUUAUUAUUGUUAUGACUUAUUUAAGCAUUUUAUUUGUUCAAAUUUGACACAAUUUGAAUAAUUCUGAAUGUAAAAAUCUAAUUGGUCACAAUAUAUAUAUACCAUAGUAUGUUUGGGUUGAUGUAGGUCUACUUACAGUUGUAGAAUGAUAUCAUGCUCAUCAAAAAUCUAUCUCUGGUCUCUGGUCUUUUGACACACCAUAAAUGAGGUGUUCAUAAUGACUAUUAGGGAAAUUGAGCAUGUUAUGCUUUACAUACAGUAUAUGAUAUAUUGUGGACGUACAGUUGCCGCCAUCAAUCAUUCUCUUGGAAUCAUUUAGAAGUUGAUUGUACAUUUGAGUUAUUCUGUAUAAACUUCAAUUCCAUUUCAUUAUCACUUAACCCCAUAAAGGAAACGGUCAUGAAUUCCCCUUGUGGGGAAGAUCUGUCGUAAACUAAGCACAUAGGCUCAUAGAUCUAUUUUGAAUAGGGCGAGGGGAAGGGAUUAAGUUGGGAUUAGGCUCCAUUUAAACAGAAGUGUACUGUACUGUAUGCCACUCAAGGCAUGCAACCACACACAUGCAACCUCACACAUUCUAUACAACACAUGCUACUGCCCUAGUUACUAUUCAGGUUGGACUUUGGGUGUGUCGCAUUGUCUGGGAAAGGGUUUUGCACUGGAGCAAAAUCUUGGCUUUUACUGCUCUUUAUUUGAUACCAUCUUCACUUCUACUAGCACACUUUGUAGCCUUGUGUAGUAGUUCUGAGGGCUCCAUCUCCUAUUUAAAAAGUACUAUAGUAAUGCCAAAAAUACUACAACUUCCUUAAUCAAUAAAAACAACGUGUACUGUACUGAGAGGAGGAUAGGAUUUUGUGCCAUAGUAUACUAUAGUAUUUUUUUCAUUUAUAUGGGAGGGUCUGACUCAAUGAACAAAAGGCUUAUGAUGGCCUUUUAUAGGGCUUCUUCUGGUUGCCUGCUUCGGUUUAUUUUUGUUAUUUUUUUUUCUAUUUGUUUAUGAAAGUAACUGCCUUUGUUGGCCAUUUCCUGUAUUUGUAGCCUUGGCAUUUUUUCUCUUCGUGUGCUUGUAUUAAUGUUGUCUAUUCCCCUAUAGAAAGAUCAAUGGAGGAGCUUCUUGUGGCAUAACAGGGCUACGCAGAGCUGCUAAAGUUUUUAUUUUCUCAAAUGUGUUUUUCUGUCAUUGAAGGGUGCUUCUUUUUUAUAAAUCGACAUGUUUCAUUGUCAUAUAGAUAUAGACAUAUUAAAGCUGAACUCAUUCAAGCUGAACCAUGUGAGUCAUGACAAUGGGGGGUGAUCUGGUGAUGGUCAGAGAAGGAGAGGGGUGUUAGGAAUGGUUUCACCCAUACAUGUAGGAACACAGGUGCUACUGUGCACUUGAGACCUAUUCAUAUAUUUUGGUUCAACCGUUUGGUUCACUGUUGGUUUGAAAUGGUUCUGAUUGUGGAAAGCUAGCACUUAGAUUCGGGUAUAUUAACAAAUCUCCAGCAAGCCGAUACUUUCCAGCAAAGUCUCUCAUUGGGUAUCUUAUUGAUACUGUACAAUAAAGGCACUUAAGAGUUGCAACUUCAGGUGCUAACAAGGUCAUUGAAUCUGAAAGUGGUAUUGCUACUUUCAGAGGAAUGACAGCUAUACCACCAAUCUGAAAUGAUACUGUUAUUGAUCAUACUUGAUGUUUUAAGGUUGGUGCAGUAUAACCAUUAAACAACAUGCUCUGUACAUACGCCUUUCAACAUCCAUCUUGGUGCUUUUUAAGCAGGAUGUGUAGAUUGAGUCUGAAUCAUGGAUGACAAUGCUCAUGUUUAUUUUAUGUUUUCAUAUGUUGAACUUUUAUACUUUGUCUGCGUAUGUAUUUUACAGCAUAAACAUAUUACAUAUUGUGGAGGGCUAGAUGCCAAGUCGUGUACCUUAAACAUUUAAAUGAAGACAAAAACUUAGCUAAAGAGGAAAGUCUCAAAGUUAUACUGUGGUUUUAUGGAUCCAGGUUAGUGUGUUCGGUUGGACUAUUUUUGUGUCAAAUGGCCACCAUUUCUUGAUUUUUGUUUGACAGUACAGGACUUGGCUGGUUUAUUACCAAUUUGUGGCUAAACUGAACCCGAGAGUUACCUUUGGUGCAGACAGCAGGAUCAGGAUAUUGUAAUAAUCAGUUAAUCCCCAACAUUGCACCUGUAAACACAAUGACACUGUUGUCAGUAUAGGAUGAUACUUUCAAUAAUUAGCAUACUAUUCUCUUCUGAGUCUGGUGAUCUUGAAAUCUUCUUUAGUUUGUGUUGAUCCAACAGGAUUUAUCGAAGCUGUAAAGCUUGAAUCAAUUCAGCUGUUUGAAAGGUAGAUAUUUCAACACACAUUGUACACGUGAAGUCCACAUCAAGGUGGUUUGUUAUGGCAGUAGCAUUCAGAAAUAUGUCAAAUGUUUUACAAGAAAAUAUGUAGCUGUUAUUAUGUCACGGCCAUUUAUUUUCAAACCCUCCGUCAAAAGAAUUAUAUCAAAAUGAAGAUCCAAAAUGCAAGGAACAUGUUCUAUAAUAUGAAAUAUAUUUAAAUAUAUUGUACAUACAAUUAUAGCAUAUAUUGCCCAAUGUAUUAUGAAAUUAUAUAUUUUAAAUAAGUUGGACCACAUAUGCAGGUAGUUACAUAAUAUUUUUGGAUUUCAUAAAUGAAAAUCGUUUUUCCACAAGGGUGACUACUUGCGCCAAAGCAAUUGUCAGUGGUUCAGAUAAGGAACUAUUGUCCAGUUCUAGUAAGAAUAUAUAAUAUUUAAUGCUACAUGCAAUGUUCGUUUUAAGAUGCUUUUGUUGUUAAAAUGGUCAAGCUAUUAUUUAAUGUAAUACUUUCAAAGGGAAUAUUGUUAUAGUUUAAUUCAUAUUCUGGCUAUGAAUCCUUAUUAUUAUCACAAUUUCACAAGUUUGUUAGGUCUAGUUGGGCUGUGUGAUUUUGAUAUUGGACGCUUAUGGCAGAUUUGAUCACCCAUUGACUUAGUAUUGACUGCAUUUCUAGCUUGCAGUGUCACAGUACUGUCAUCAGUAUCAGAGAACUACUCCGGGCAAGUCAUUAAUUCUGGUGAAAUAACAGCGUUGAUAUUGGUGCUGAAUUUAGUGGCUGGUGAGGGCCGAGGGACAUGUGAAUAAUUAGGACUCACAAUAAAAACAAAACAUUUUGUUCCAUGCAAGAAAAUAGGACACUCUGUGGGCUCUUUGUUAGCCUGUGCCAGGUUCAAUGGAAAUCUUUGAAAACGUAAGCCUCUUUCAUAAACCCAUUUGACUUUGCCUCACUUAAAUGUGAGUAAACUUAAGAUAAAAGACACACACUGCCGUUCAAAGGUUUGGGGUCACUUAGAAAUGUCCUUGUUUUUGAAAGAAAAGCCUUUUUCCCCCCAUUAAAAUAACAUCAAAUUGAUCAGAAAUAGUGUAGACAUUGUUAAUGUUGUAAAUGACUAUUGUAGCUGGAAACUAAAUGGGAUAUCUA